AUAACAGCAUACUUGUAACGUCAGUUUACCACUCGACUGAGACAUGGUCGCUGAAAGACCAUUGAAUUAACAAAAUAUUGUAUACAUUCUACACAAAGUUAAUUGAAAUACUUUGUGUGUGAUUGGUGCUUUUAGUGCUUGCAGUUCUUAAGAAAUAUUUUGAAUAGAAAGUUUAUCGUGAAAUUAGUUAAACUGGGGCAGUGUAUGGACAAAACCGUUGCGGCAAAAACACAAUCAGCAAAAUUUAUUCUUCGGAUAGUUGAAACGACGCCGAAGGACACCGCAAGAUCAAAAUGAGGAGUUUCACAUUUUUUACAAUUUUCCUUGUAAUUUACGUCAAUAGCACGGCAGCAGCGCGAGCCAGAAUGCCAGCCCAGGCUAUAAAGCUGUACUACUUACCGCCGUCUCCGCCGUGUCGGGCGGUGAUGAUGCUGGCGAGGGUCAUGGGGCUGGAGCUCGAUCUGGUGCUCACCAACAUCAUGGAGGGACAGCAUAAGACUCCUGAGUUUUUAAAGAUGAAUCCGCAGCACACGAUACCAACGAUGGAUGACAAUGGAUUCAUUCUAUGGGAAAGUCGAGCAAUAAUGGCAUACUUGGUGAACGCAUAUGGGCGUGACGACUCACUGUAUCCGAAAAACCCUCGACUCCGAGCGCUUGUCGACAGUCGGCUGAACUUUGACCUGGGAACACUCUUUCUGCGAUACUUUAAUCUAUAUGCUCCAGUGCUAUUUCAUGGUGAUGAGUAUAAUGAAGAAAGUGCGGCCAAACUAGACGAAGCCCUGGGGUGGCUGAACUCCAUGCUAGAAGGACGGGCCUUCGUGGCCGGCGACAAUAUGACUAUCGCCGACAUCACUAUUGUGGUCACUUUGAGUAAUCUUGAUGCAUUCGGCUACGACUUCAGUGCCCACGACAAUGUGACAAAAUGGUUCGAAAGGACGAAAAAGGCUUUGGAGCCCUACGGAUAUAAAGAUAUAGACCAAGCCGGUGCACAAAUAUUAGCCUCUUUCUUAAAGAAAGAUUAAA